AUGGAAUCAAACUUAGAUACACUUCUAAACGACACAAAACAAUUAAGCAGUCGUUUUGAAAAAGUUCAUGAGGAUAUUAUUUCAAAACUGAAUGAGGACAGUGAUUAUAUUCGAACCAGUGAGAAAUUGUGUGACCAAGCGAUACAAAUAAGUGGUGAUUUAGAGAAUAAACUGGCUAAUGUAUCUGAUGAAGAAAGAGAAUGGAAAGAUAUCAAACUUAAAUUAUCAACAACAUCAAUUAAAGGCAAAGUUAUACUCGAUGUUGGUGGUGUAAAACAUACUACAAGUGUUGAUACACUAACAAAAGUGAAAAAUACUUUCUUCGCUGCACUCUUCUCGAAAAAAUGGGAACUUGAAAGAGAUCCAAAUGAUAAUAGUAUCUUCAUUGAUCGUAAUGGAAAGUUAUUUGAAUAUAUUCUAGAAUAUUUAAGAACGGACAGCAUACCCAGUGAUAUAAUGACGAAUGAAUCACUUCGUCAACGUCUUAUUAUAGAAGCAGACUACUUUUGUAUAGACAAUCUGAUUUAUAUAUUAAAAGAACCUGAUCGAAAACGUCAACAAAAAGAAAAAGAAGAAGAAGAGCGCUUGGCUAUUGAGAAUACUUUUCCGAAUGGAACAUUACUUCGUCUAGAACAUAAAGUAAAACUUAAUGAGUUUUAUGGUAAGAGUAAUCAAAAAUGGGAACUAAUAUACAAAGCAACACGUGAUGGAUUUGGUGCAAGUGCAUUCCAUUCACGUUGUGACAAUAAAGGACCAACAAUAAGUAUUAUUCAAUCAAACAAUAACUAUAUAUUUGGAGGUUAUACAAGCAUUGCAUGGACUUCAUCUCAAAAGUAUCAGAAUGAUGAAACAGCAUUUUUGUUCACAUUAACAAAUCCUCACAAUAUUCCACCUACAAAAUAUACUAUCAAGUAUGAUCAUGUAGAAAUUGCUAUUUAUGAUGAUAGUGACUCUGGACCUAGAUUCGGCAGCGGCGCCGAUAUGCGUGUAUGUGAUAACAGUAACAGCGACUAUUCUAGCUAUACUAUUUUUCCUACUUCAUAUAAUGACACAACGGGUAAAGGUAAAAAUACAUUCACAGGAGCUAAGAACUUCAGUACAUCUGAGAUUGAAGUGUUUAAAUUAGCUUAG